AUGGAUUUAUUGAGAGAGUAUGACGAAAAUGACGAUCUUGAAGUAGAUGAUUCGAAUGAUAAAAACUCAAAUGAGAAAGGAAGUUCAAAUAAUGGUGACAUUAAAACAACGGAUCCUAUAUGUGAUGAAAACAAUACAAGUAUAAAAAAUGAGAAAAAUGAAAAUAGUCAAAUAAUAAAUAUAAGUUCAAUGAAUUUAAUAGAUUGUGCCCCUGAUGUAAAUACCUAUGAUAUGGAAAUAAAAAAUUAUAGAGAAAAAUUUAAGAAUAUGGAAAAAAAAAUUAUGUUUGAUGACCCAGUUUACCAUAGCAUUUUGAGCAAACCACAACAAGGGCCAUGUAUAAAUGGAGACUAUAAUUUCUUAAAAAAUGCAAAUAAAAACCACUUUAAUGGAAAUAUAGAAACAACAUUUGUUAAUAAAAAUAUGUUUGAUUACCAAUAUAAUCAUUUUAAUGUAACAGGUAUUGCUCAAAACCCCGCAUUAAAAAAUUACUACCAAAACAAUUAUCAAAAUUAUAUAAUAGCAAAAAAUCCAAUUAGUUACUCUGAAAACAAUGGACAGUUGCAUGUAAAUAAAAGUAGAAAAAAAAGAGGGAAAAAUGAGGGUAAUGAUUAUUAUUCCCUGGAAAAAUAUAAAGGUCCAUGGGAAUGUAAAGAAAAUAACAAUAACCAAGAAAAAGAGAAAGAAAACGGAGACGAACAAACAUGUGAUAAUAAAAAACCUAAAAAUGCUAAAAAUGAUGACGAUGUAGAUGAGUCUAAAAAAAAUAAUUCCAAAAAAAAUAUAUUUUUAAAAUUGGAACCAUGCGCACUUGAAGAAGCAAUUCAAAAUAAUACAAUAAGCGAACAAAAUACAUUAUAUAAUGAUAAAAUAGUUUCAACAUUACAUAUAAAUUAUGAAAUUGAUGAUUAUUAUAAAAAAUCAUGGUUUGAAUUGCCAUCAGAAUAUAAAGAAAAAGAUUUUAUAAUAGAAGAAAAUUUCCCACCCAAAAAAGAAAUUCAUACAUAUAAGGGGCAUAAAAUGGGAGUUCAAAAAAUUCGCUUUUUCCCAAAAUAUGGGAAUUAUAUUUUAUCUGCUUCCUUAGAUAGUACAUUAAAAUUGUGGGGUUCAUAUAAAUCAAAAAAAUGUGUAAGAACAUACAAAGGACAUUUCAAAGGAGUUAAGGAUGUACUAUUUGAUAAAGAUGGAUCAAAUUUUAUAAGUUGCAGUUAUGAUAAUAAUGUUAUUUACUGGGACACAGAAUAUGGAAAAAUAAAAGGAAUAUAUAGUCAGAAAAAAACACCAUAUUGUUUGUGCUUAAAUAACGAUGAUCCAAAUAUAUUUUUAGUAGGUGGUGCUAAUAAUAAAAUUUGUCAUAUUGAUUUUAGAACAGGUAAUAUAGAAUUAGAAUAUAAUGAGCAUUUACAAGCUAUAAAUACAAUUACUUUAUGUGAAAAUAAUAAAAAACUUGUCAGUACAUCAGAUGAUAAAAAAAUAUUUAUUUGGGAAUACGGGUUACCUGUUGUUGUUAAAUAUAUUUCUGAUGCUUCCAUGUUUUCAAUAACAUCCGUUUCUGUUCAUCCAAGUAACAAAUUUUUUUUAUGUCAAUCGAUGAAUAAUAUAAUAACUGUUUAUGAAGCUACAGGGAAAUUUAGAUUCUUUUCGAAAAAAACAUUCAAAGGACAUAAAAAUAUUGGAUAUUCUAUCAAUGUAUCAUGUAGUAAUGAUGGGAAAUAUGUUAUCAGUGGUGAUAGUAAUGGAGGUUUAUUUAUAUGGAAUUGGAAAAAAAUGUCUAACUUUAAAAAUAUAAAAGCGCAUAGUAAUGUUUGUAUAGACUGUGCAUGGCAUCCUUUUAAAACCUCAACGUUAGCUACAGCUAGCUGGGACUCAACAAUUAAAUUGUGGGAAUAG